AUGAAGUGCCCCCAGAAUGACCCUAUCCCUGUCCCACAUGAGUGGUACCAGCCAGGAGAGCUUCUUGUUGGUGGGAUGUCCUCUCAGAUAAUUUACAAUCCUAAUUACUUCAAGUUCGAGACACAUCCUUUGAAGGACUUGUUUGGGGUUUCAGAUUAUUAUGAUGUGAAGAUGACCUAUCGUACUACUCUGGACCUGCUAUUCAAAUUACAUCGAUUUAUCCCUAACUAUAACUGCGAUAUCCAGAAAAAUCUAAUCGCCAUUGUUGGGGGACUUGGCUAUGAUAUCUCCUACCAUAUGGCAGACAUCAUAAAUCUCUACAAAAUCCCACAGCAAGAGCUGAUGAAAGCUGAAGGCACAUGUACUGGGGAAGAGAAGCUGGGAGAUCUCCCUGGGUCCGUUUUUGAAAUGUACAUGACUGGCCACAGUUACAACAUGGAUGCCUGCUUUCAAUGCACAAAAGAUCACUAUCCAAGUAAGGGCCAUCAAUGUAUUCCUAAAGUUAUAAACUUUCUGUCAUAUGAAGAACCUUUAGGGAUUGCUUUAGUUUCACUUGAUGUUUCAUUUUUGCUCCUCACAGUCUUGGUGCUAAGCAUUUUUAUUAAACACAGAGGUACUCCCAUCGUCAAAGCCAACAACCGGGAUGUUACCUAUGCUCUCCUCAUCUCUAUCCUUCUUUGCUUCCUCUGUUGUUUCCUCUUCAUUGGAAGACCAAUAAAGUUGACUUGCUCCCUCCAGCAAUCUGCUUUUGGCAUCAUCUUCUCUGUGGCUGUUUCUUGUGUCUUGGCCAAAACCAUCACUGUGGUUUUAGCAUUCAUGGCCACUAAACCAGGGUCCAGCAUGAGGAAGUGGGUGAGGAAGCGUCUGACCAACCUUAUUGUCCUUUCCUGCUCCAUGAUUCAAAUCUGUAUUUGUACAGUGUGGCUAGGAACCACUCCUCCAUUCCCAGACUGGGAUGCACUGUCAAUGGAUGAAGAGAUUAUAGCAGAAUGUAAUGCAGGGUCUGUCCUCAUGUUCUACAUUGUCCUGGGCUACAUGGGAUUUUUGUCCCUCAUCAGCUUGAUUGUGGCAUUCCUUGCCAGGAAGUUACCAGACAGUUUUAAUGAAGCCAAGUUUAUCACCUUCAGCAUGUUGAUCUUUUGUAGUGUUUGGUUGACAUUUCUUCCAACUUACCUGAGUACCAAAGGGAAAUACAUGGUAGCUGUGGAGAUCUUCUCCAUCUUAGCCUCCACUGCUAGUUUACUGGGAUGUAUAUUUACUCCCAAAUGCUACAUUAUUCUAGUGAGACCUGAAUUAAACAACAGGGAACAGCUGAUGGGGAAAAAUAAGCAUAUUAUUUAG